AUUAAUAUGUGUAAUAUAUAUAUUUAUUGAGUCGGAAAAUUGUUUGUCCUAUAUUUUAUGUAAUCUACAUAGGUUUGAUUUAUUGAUAUCUACAAGCAUAUUUAAGUAAGUUCUUGCUCAAUAAAACGAAAUGCUAUUACGUGUUAUCUAAUACAUGGCAUAUAUUUAUAUUCGAUGAAAAAGUGUCGUAGUAGAUAAGUUGGUAAAUAACAAGGUUAACGGAUAUGUCGAUUAAUUUUUUCAAAAUGUAUUAUUAUUAUACCGUGUUAUGUUAAAUAUUGGCCAUAAUAUUUCCAAAAUAUGUCGCAAUACGAGAAUGAUAUUAUCGAAGACAAAGAUGAUAAUCCUAAUACAUCAGGAGAUUUAGGACUUCGUCAUAGAAUUCCUUGGAGCGAUCGUGUAUUGCUAAAUAGUGAAAUUCCAGGUUUGCAUGAAGUUAAAGAAUUAUUAGAAGACGAUGAUGCCAGCUGUUUGGCAGAAGAGGAAGAUGGAGUUGGAUGUCCUCUUCCAUCUACUCCUGAAGAUGAUCAUCUUUUGGAUUGUGAGAUGACAGAAGUGUUAAAAGCAGGAGUAUUAAGUGAUGAAAUAGAUCUCGGUGCCUUGGCUCAUAAUGCUGCUGAACAAGCUGAGGAAUUUGUUCGUAAGGUCUGGGAAGCAUCCUGGAAGCAAUGUCAUUUUAGAAAUUUACCUCGGUGGUUACAAGAUAAUGAUUUCUUACAUGCUGGUCAUAGACCACCAUUACCAUCAUUUUAUGCUUGCUUCAGAAGUAUUUUCCGUAUUCAUACAGAAACUGGUAACAUCUGGACACAUUUACUUGGCUGUGUGGCAUUUAUUGGCAUAGCUAUCUUUUUCCUAACACAACCUCCUAUAGAAAUUCAAUUGGAGGAAAAACUAGUAUUCGGUACCUUCUUUGCAGGUGCUAUAAUUUGCUUAGGAAUGUCAUUUGCCUUUCACACAGUCCACUGCCACAGCGAAUGUGUAGGAAAAUUAUUUUCUAAAUUAGAUUACUGUGGGAUAGCUAUGCUCAUCAUGGGCAGUUUUGUACCAUGGCUUUAUUAUGGUUUUUACUGUGACUAUCAACCUAAACUUAUUUAUUUAUCUGUUGUGGUUGUACUUGGUAUAACAAGUAUCGUAGUAUCAUUGUGGGAAAGAUUUGGUGAACCCAAUUAUAGGCCUCUUAGAGCCGGUAUUUUUAUGGGUUUUGGCCUUAGUGGGGUAAUACCUGCAGUCCAUUAUGCUAUAACAGAAGGCUGGUUCAAAGCAAUUAGUCAAGCAUCCCUUGGUUGGUUGAUACUAAUGGGAUGCCUAUAUAUAUUGGGUGCACUAUUUUAUGCAUUAAGAGUACCUGAGCGAUUUUUUCCAGGAAAAUUUGAUAUUUGGUUUCAGAGUCAUCAAAUCUUCCAUGUACUAGUAAUCGCUGCUGCUUUUGUUCAUUAUCAUGGUAUAACAGAAAUGGCAAUGCAUAGAAUGACAAUAGGCGAUUGUGCGAAUCCAGCUCAGGUGAUAGCAUUUUAAACAUGUAACAAUAUACUACGAGUAUAUUAUCAAUAUUUUGUCAAAUGUCUUCUCUCUGCAUAACUGUAAUAAGACUAAAAGGAUUCCUAAAACUAUCACAUGUAAAUUGAUGUUAUCAAGGACUUGACCACAAAAAUUUCUUUAUAAUCACAAAUUAAUAAUUGUAAUGUUAAUAACUUACAAGUAACAUUACAUUUUUAAAUGCAAGUAAAUCAUGUAUUCGAACACUUUAAUUUGCAUCAGAUUUAUAUGCUUUUUAUAAUUGGCUAAUUAUAUAAAAUUCAGAAUUUAAUAUAUUUUUACACUCAAUCUAAAAAGAAAAUAGUUCAUUAAAAACGCAAGAUAAAUUUAACAGUGGAUUAUAUAUAACAGUUCUCUAUGGGAAAAAUGCAUUUUUAUAUUAACCUUUAGCAAGAGUCUUGGUGAUCUGAGUAAAUUCUACUUUCUAUGACAAAUUCUCGACAUAUAUUUGAAUCAUUUUUUCACAUAGAUAUCUGUAUAAUAAAAAUAAAAAUACAAAUAAAAAUAGUUAAAAAUCAUGAUUAUUAAUUAAACAGUAUUGUAUUAAAAAGAAAUGUUUAUAGCAAUUACACCAUGCCUCCUGCUAAAGGUCAAUUUUUAUACAAUCUCAUCUAAAUCCAUGCAUAAUAAAGUUCUGUGGUCUGCCUUAGAUUCAAUCUUGAACUGUUGAAGAUAAAUACUUGUGAUCUUUACUUAUUAGAUUAAUUAGAUUUUAAUACUAAGAUAUAUGUACAGUGAAAAAGUGCUACAGUACAGAAAGUGGCUGUCAAGCAACAGUAAUUAAAUUCAAUGUGUGAUUGUUUAGUUCAAAUCGUUAAUCAUAACAAUAAUAUAAUAAUAAUAAUAAUGAAAAUAAGAUUAAUAUUAAUAAAUAUUAUGAUGAUAAUAAUUAAACUCUUGUUCAACUUACUUUUAUACUUUACACAGCCACUUGAGAAAAUCAAAACUAAUGUAAAGUAUAAAAGAAAGUAUAUAAAAAAUGCAACGAACAAAAGUUUAUGUGUCUGAGAUCUAGGAACCAACCAUAAAUACAAAUGACUUUAUAGUAUAAGCACUCUAAAAAUCGUAAUAUAUUUUGAUCACGUUCGUUGUUGAAACAAUGUAAACUUAUUUAUUCUUAUGAUUAUUGCGAAUGUAGUGCAAUAUUUCAAUUUUUUUCAUUUCUUUUUUUCUCAAUGUUUUGGCACUUAAAAAGCUUUUUUCCAACUAUAGUCUAUAUCGGAAUUCUAUAUUUUUGUAGCUGUCAAGUGUUGGAUAGGUAAAUUAUGAUUGAUAUAUUCCCUAUUUAUUGAAUAAUUAAUUCUGAAAUCUAGAUAUGCAUAGAUUGACAGAUUCGUAUUAUUUAUUAUUAUAUAGUUACAAUUAAUAAUUAAUAACACAAAUUUAAAUAGUGCUUUAAAAUGUACUUAUAAUUUAUAUUAUAUUUCUAUUUAUCCUCUAAAAAAUGUAUCACUUGGUUUAUUACCAAGUUUCUUUCUUUAAUUCAUUAAAAAAAGCAUAGCUAUAUAAUUUACUAUUUUUGAAAUAUUUAAUAUUCUUUUUAGAAAACAAUAUGUUAUACGUUUCUGUCAGUCUAAGACAAGAAAAAUGUUGAAAUUUUAUUUUAUGUUAUUGUCAAAAGAUCUAGUACUUAGAAAGAAUGUUGUUAAACUUUUUACACAAAUAAAUAUGAGUACUAUUAAUAAAUUAAUAAAGAAACCAAAUAUAUAUGCAUCUCAUAUGUGACAGUAAUACAUUUAUUAUAUUUUUAGUUAUUAUAAAGAAAUAUUGUCACACCACAAUGUUAACCUAUUUCUUGAUUAAGAAUGACUUUAAAAUUAUAUUAUAAUAACACAAUUUUAGUUAAUAUUUCCUAUCCUAUACUAAAGAAAAUAUUUUGAAAAUAGCUUUCGAGGGAUUAAGUUGUUUGAAUAUGGCGGUAUUUAUCAACUCUAUCAUUUUAUUCUUUAGUGUUACCAUCAAAUGUAUUAUCGUUAAGAAAACACGAAGUAGAUAUAAUGUUUUAAUUAAUAUUCUUCUCAAUUCUUAUUUAAAUACGUAAUCGUAUACACUGUAAAUCAAAUAAAUUCUAAUCUUAUAUAAAUUAGUACAUUUCUAAAUUGAUAUUUAAUUUAAUUUCUAGGAAUUUUAUUUCUUUAAAGUAGUAUCACUGUUCUCACAGUUAUAAAUUUGAAUAUGUUUGGGUGAGGUUAAACGUCAUACAGAAAAUGUUUUCUUUUUUAUUAUGUUUAUUUAUUUGUUUUGACUGAUUUGCAUAUAAUUUGCUAUUGUACAAUUAACAUGGUAUGAUUUCAAUACCUUUUUUUUCAUCUAAUUCUAAUAUGUCGUAAAAAAAUUCGUUCUUUGGCUCCAAGCCAAAGAGGUAAACGUCCUUUGCUUUCGGAUGUAUCUAAUACCGUGGAGUUUGUGACAAAACCCAUAAUCCAACGUGAAAAAAGAGUAUGUAGAAAUAAUGCCAAAAAUAUACACAUACCUGAGUAUAAAGCUGCAGCUCUUACUGCCGAAGAUAUUUCUGCCACACAAGGUGUAAUAUCCGAACAUG